UAUAUGCAUGUUUGAAUGUCAAAUAUGAGGCUUCACUCAAGAAAGGUUGGUUUCAGGGAGUGUUUGUAAUUCAUGAAAGAAAGACAGCAUUGAGGCAAACGUUUGCAGGUUCCGUGCAUUAGAUGCUUCGUCGCCAACUCUGAAGAAUCCCUCCUCCCCUUACUAUUUCUAGCUCUCUGCUGGUCCCGGUGCUCCUCAGUCCAGGAGCAUUUAACGUUAGGGAACAGCGCGAGUCUCAUCAGCGCUCAUCUGGAACGAGCAAAGGCAGAGCGGCAGGCGCGCCUCCCGCCAUUUCCUCCGCCUCGCACCCAGGCUGCUAUGUCGAGUGGCAGCUCGAACUCUUCCUCGCGGAAGGAGUUCGAUGUCAAGCAGAUCCUUCGGAUCCGAUGGAGGUGGUUCGGUCACCCCGCGGUCCCUCCGCCUCACUCUCCGCCGCUAAGAGACUAUUUAGCCGGGAGCAGAACGGGCGGCCACUCCUCUUCCUCCGAGGGUUCUUCUACAGUUCACGGGAACAGCUCGACUCCUACCGGCGUCGCGAGUAGCCACGGCGGGUUAGUGACGAGCGGCAGCGCCGGUUCGAACCUUUGUAACAGUAGAAAGUUUGUAGAAUCGUCGAGGAGUCGCAGCGGGUCGGGUGGAGCUGGAGCGACAGGAAACUCCUGCUCUCGCUCAGUGAGCCAGCCCGAGUGCAGUAGCUCCCCCGCGGCUUGGGCUUCUCCGCCGCCACGUCGCCGGUCUCGCCCGGUAUCGAACAUGGAGCCCUCCGGCGAGGCUCCGGUGCUGCAGCUGGGAGUGGGCGUAGACAGGGAGGCGGUGGCGGUGAGCACCGAGGACAACAACCACCACCCGGAUACUGACUCCAGCUCCUGCAGGACGUCCAACAGCACGGCCACGCUGUCCUCAUGUGUGUCGCUGGAGCCGUGCGCGUGUCCGGAGGAGGGUGUGUUCACAGCACUGUCCCAUGCUGACGUCACCUUCCGUAAGAUGGAGGGCUACUUGAGGAGUCGACAGCUGUGUGAUGUUACGCUGGUGGCUGGCGACAGACAGAUACCUGCUCACAGGCUGGUUUUGUCAUCUGUGUCUGACUACUUUGCGGCCAUGUUCACCAGCGACGUGCGGGAGGCCAAGCAGGACGAGGUGAAGUUGGAGGGCAUUGACCCAGAUGCAUUGUGGGUCCUGGUGCAAUAUGCAUACACAGGGCGUCUGGAGUUAAGAGAGGACACCAUCGAGUCCCUGCUGUCAGCUUCCUGUUUGCUGCAGUUGUCUUCUGCGGUUCAGGCUUGUUGUUCUUUCCUUAUGAAGCAGCUCCAUCCUUCCAAUUGCCUAGGUAUUAGCUCGUAUGCCAACGCUCAGGGGUGUCAUGACCUUCAGAGGGCCGCUCACACCUACACCAUGGAACAUUUCCUGGAUGUGGUUGGGGGCCAAGAGUUCCUACUUCUGCCAGUGGAUGAGAUUGAGCGGCUGCUUAUGUCUGAUGAUAUCAACGUUCCAGAUGAAGAGACCGUAGCAACGUCUUUGCUCACUUGGGUGCAACAUGACGUUGUUGCCAGACAGUGUCACCUGCCACAGCUUCUUGCUCAUGUUAGACUACCAUUGUUGAAGCCGCAGUUCUUAGCAGACUUGGAGACCAGCCCCGUGCUCCGAGACAGCGUGGACUGCCAGCGGCUGUUGAUGGAGGGAAUGAAGUACCACCUCUUGCCUCAGCGUCGGCCCCUGCUUCAGAGCCCGCGCACAAGGCCUCGCAAGGCCACCGUCGGAGCCAUGUUCGCUGUUGGCGGAAUGGAUGCCACUAAAGGAGCCACAAGUAUUGAGCAGUACUGUCUACGGCGGGAUACAUGGAAGCAGGUGGCGACCAUGAGCGGUCGAAGGCUUCAGUUCGGUGUGGCCGUUCUGGAUGGCCGUCUUUAUGUAGUAGGAGGCCGAGAUGGACUCAAGACUCUCAACACGGUGGAAUGUUACAACCCUCAGUGCAAGACCUGGAGUGUCAUGCCACCCAUAUCCACACAUAGACAUGGUCUAGGUGUAGCCGUGCUUGAAGGACCGAUGUACGCUGUAGGAGGACACGACGGUUGGAGCUACCUCAGCACAGUAGAAAGGUGGGAUCCUCAAGCUCGCCAAUGGAGCUUUGUUGCCAGUAUGGCCACACCCAGAAGCACAGUGGGAGUGGCAGUACUCAAUAGCAAAUUAUACGCAGUCGGAGGACGAGAUGGUUCCUCCUGUCUUCGCUCAGUGGAGUGUUUUGACCCUCACACCAAUAGGUGGAACGAUUGCGCUCCAAUGGCCAAACGGCGUGGCGGUGUGGGCGUGGCCACGUGGCACGGCUUCCUCUACGCCAUCGGUGGUCACGAUGCUCCUGCCUCAUCUCUGGCAUCACGGCUAAGUGACUGUGUGGAAAGAUAUGACCCUCAGACUGAUGUGUGGACAGCAGUGGCCCCAAUGAGCAUCAGCAGGGACGCAGUGGGCGUUUGCCUCCUUGGCGACCGCCUAUACGCUGUUGGUGGCUACGAUGGCCAAGUGUAUCUCAAUACAGUGGAGGCUUAUGACCCUCAGACCAACGAGUGGACUCAGGUUGCGCCGCUGUGUCUCGGUCGAGCUGGCGCAAGUGUGGUAGUGGUCAAAAUGUGAGCGCACACAGACAAGACCAGGACCAAAGAAAACUGAAAUGUUCAAGGGACAUGUGAACAAUGUGAACAAUAAUUUGCAGCCUCGUUUUACGAGCACCGACAUCCCAAUCUCCUCCUGUAGUGACAGUCGUGAUAAAAGGCAAUUCGGCUGGCCUUGUUUUAGGGUGACAGCGCCCCCCCCCCCCCCCCCAACUUAUUUUGCUCCUUCAGAUAAGGUGAAAAGCACGCUUUCGUAUUUGUGCUGAAGGAAAGUUACUUUCGAUAUGUAGCAGUAAAUUUUCAUGUAUUCAUUGGCUAAGAGCUCUUCCCCUUCUUUACCAUGGAUAUAAAACAACUUCUGACAUAAUCAGCACAACAUGAAGAAACCAUAAACCUCAUCCUCCUGCUACCAACUAUUCUUCCACAGUGUCUCUGCUCAGAUGUUAAAGACAAACGUACUGUAUCUGUAAAUGAAAUAAAUUCUCAUGAAUAACAAAUUAAAACAAGGCACUUUUUGGAACUGAAUUGGAAUUCUGUAUUCCCAUAACAUUGACAAACUAAUGAUGAAACUGUAGUUCAGAAUUUUAAAGGGAACCUCGGACUUAAAGACUUGUAGGCUCUAAUAAGCCACAAUUGUUCUCCAUUACGAAAAUGUUAUUAGAAACAUAAAAUAGUGCCAUUGAUUUAAAAAUCUAUAGUACGUUUUGACCUACGGAGGGCACAAUGUUUUAUGCGCGCAAUAGACGCACGGGGUGAUGACGUACUUUGUCACUGUCACUAGACGAACACUGUGUACUCUGCAAUUCCUUCUAUGCGGCAAGACGUCCAACACAUGCGCACAUCGGUUAAAUGCGCCGAGUACUUACUAUUUGUGAUUUUAUUGAGUCUAUUAUUACCUUUUCGCAUGUGUUUCCCUCUCAUACCUGUAAGCAUUUUUUUUCUUGUGGUAGCUUUAAAGCAGAUUUUUUGAUCUGCUGACCAAAUUAGUCACGUAGCAAAUUUAAACCACCCUUAUAUGAUAAUACUAAGUUUAAGUAUUUUCUUAAGGCAUCUUUAGUAAGUUCUGUCUGUAUGCAAUUAAACAAAAGCUGAAAGCGCAUAGUAGUACUUUCGGUGUCAAAUUUGACUCUUGUAGCACGUUUUGCCCUACUCUCAUCUCGUCUCAUCCCGUCUUUCCUGUUCAUUUUGCGUUUGCUGCUUGUUUUGUGAAAUAUCGACAGUGCUCAUGCUCAUUAAUGUUCCUCUUGGGUUGAAAUUGAAAGGGCUGAACAGAUGACAUGUUCAUGUUGCUAGUCAUACUCUGAAAGCCCAGCAGCAGUUCUUGCUCUGCCACGGCAACAACAAGGUGACCUACUAAACUAACUUAACAAAUUGUAUAAAAACGAAAACAUUAAGAGUUUUAAUAUCAAAUAAUUUUAAGAACUACACGUCUUUCUAUCCGUGGAUCCCUUUAACAGAUGGCUCUGAAGUUUUGCUAGAGCUGCAUAAUAAAAACUUUUCACACGCAACACCGGCUCAGUACAACAUACAGUGUAUCUCCUGCAAAUUGUAAUGUAAAAGGAGAAAUGUUAGAAUGUUUCUGCUUCAAAAUAAAAUGAUUGGAAAUCUAAAACUACACAGUAGCAAAUUAACUACAUUGCACUGUAAUAAAUGUAUAUUGGAGUCUGUUUGGUCUCCAUAUUAUUCCAUUCACCCAUGUCAGAUCACUUUUGACCUGUAUUUUCCCUUCAUAUUGACCGUUUUUACCAAAUGUCAUUUCUGAUUACAAUUUAGAGUGAAAUUGCACAAAUGAGCUGGAAAAACUCAUUACUAUGUAUGUACAGAAAUGUUUAUUAUUGCACUAUAGUGUGAUUACUUUUGUACAGGUAUGUAUGAUUUGAUGACGGCUUACCUUCCUCUUUGUGUACCAUAUAAGACACUAUGUAUUUGACCAAUUAAUUAUGUUUACAUGAAUGAUGCACCAUGGUCUUAUGUCUUUUAUACAUUAAAAGGUGAGAUGCAAGCUCUUUGUUCUGCCUUUGUAAAAUAGUACCACACAGAGAACGGGCUCCAUCAUGUUUAUGGUCCAGGCUGUUUCCAUUUGUCAGACGCGUUUAGCCAUAAAACAGAGCAGAGUAAGUGUGUCGAUGUUUUUAAGAGACCCUGCAAGUUGUUGACUUGAUGGAGUGUUAUUCUGCAUUAACAUUUCUGGACUGCGGUUAGCCUGAUAUGAAAACAAUGUGUCAUGAGGAACGUGAACAAGAAGAGGGAUGGGCGAUACUGCUAACAGCAGCCAAGCACUGAGUGACCCCCUUGUUAUUUAUGGCCGGAGAAGCUUAAACAUCUGUCAGAAGUUAUAUAGUAUGCCACUGCAGUAUGUGUGUGAUAAGAAGGAUGCAAAUGUAGACAGUUCACCAUUUCCACAAUUAAGGCUUAUUGGCCUAGGAUUUCAAAUGAGCUUUUUAACCGAGUGCACUCAUUUGAAUCACAGGCUGCCAUUGACAGUUAUAUGUGCAAUGCAUUUAGAAUGGCUGCAUUCACCUCUUUCCAUCUGUACACUGCUGGUCAAAAGUAUUGGCACCCCUGAAAUUCUGUCAGAUAAUGUUCAAUUUCUCCCAGAAAAUGAUUGCAAUUACAAAUGCUCUGGUUAUAUCUUCAUUUAUUUUGCUUACAAUGAAAAAAACACAAGGGAAAAAAUCAUUAACCAAAAUGGGCCAGACAAAAGUAUUGGCACCCUUUGAAAAAUCGUGAUGCUUCUCUAAUUUGUGUAAUUAACAGCACCUGUUACUUACCCGUGGCACAUAACAGGUGGUGUCAAUAACUAAAUCACACUUGCAGCCAGUAAAAAUGGAUUAAAGUUGACUCAACCUCUGUCCUGUGUCCUUGUGUGCAGUGUUGUUAAUCUUAUCUUAAAAAGAAAUUAAUUAGUUACAAAUUACUUCUCCCAAAAAGUAAUUGUGUAGCUCAAUUACCUGAAUGUAGGAGUAAUUAGUUACUUGGCAAAGUAACUGGUGAUAAUUUGUUUUUUA